CGAAGGUUCACUGUUCAGUCUUCAGAGCAGGAUUGCUGAUCAGCAAGCUCAGAAUCAAUCAAAGCAGGGGAAAAGACAGGAGGCAGCUUGCACACAACGCGCGAAAAGUCCAUUUUGCAGCUCAAAGAGCGCACGCAUAUAGCUGGCUGAACGGGGUUAAGUGAUGGCGGACAAAGUGCGCGCCAGCCAUCUGCUGAUCAAGCACCAGGGCUCGAGGCGGCCUGCCUCCUGGAAGGACCCGGACGGUGUGAACAUCAGGCAGACAACAAAGGAGGACGCAAUCGCGCAACUGACGGAGUAUCGGAAGGCUAUCGUGGAGGGGAGAGCGGACUUUGGACAGCUAGCGGAGCGCGAGUCGCACUGCAGCUCAGCCAAGAGGGGAGGAGACAUGGGCUGGUUUGAGCGGGGCCAAAUGCAGAAGCCCUUUGAGGACGCAACAUACGCUUUGCAAGUUGGCGAAAUCAGCAAUAUUGUUGAUACGGAUAGCGGGGUGCACAUCAUUCAGCGCACAGGUUGAAUGUGGUACAAUCCACCAAGGCACCACGAGCUUUUUGCGGAUUCCGCACGAUUUUGACGAGACUUUUGUUUGGGAGCAGUGCAUGGGAAUACAGUUGUUCGGGGAGUCAUAAGGGUCAUCAUUUGAGCCAGCCAGGGUCGUCCUUCUGCUUGCACGAACCUCUGGUCACAUGCAUCAAUUAGCAACAUGAUAGGUGACUUCUCAAGGUUCUCCAAGAAUGCCUAGGACUCAGAGACCAGCGGUUUCACGUUGAUACCAUGGAGGCAUCAUCUCAAGGCAUGCUUGCGACCGACGAAGUUCCGC